CAUUUUCGCCAGUUUUGCUGCUUGCUACGUCUGAUGUAUGUCACUCAGAUCUCCCAGAAGAGAUCCAAAAAUUAUUUAAUAAGGAAUUUGGAGAAGUGUGCAAUAUUGAGUUGCCUGGUAGGGCAGAGAGAGCAGCUUUUUUUGAGGACCUAAUUCUAAAUCAAGUGGCUAAGCCUCCUGUAAAGAAAACAGUUGAUCGGACAUUGGAAGUCCUGCCUGUAGCAUCACCAGCUGAGCCUCAGAAGCCACAAGAGGAAGAAGUAGGGAUGCUGGAGGAGGAAGAGGAGGAUACCUUGCGUGAACUUAGAAUUUUCUUGAGGGACGUUACUCACAGACUUGCCACUGACAGACGUUUCAGGGAAUUUGCAAAGCCCGUUGACCCACAGAAGGUACCUGACUAUGCCACAAGGAUUAAAGAGCCGAUGGAUCUUUCAACAGUUCUGACUCAAAUUGACUCGCGCCAGUACCUCACUGCAGGAGACUAUCUGAAGGACAUCGAUCUAAUCUGUAACAAUGCCUUAGAGUACUACCCAGAUCAAAGAUCUACAAGUGAGGAUGUGCUUUUUAGCCCUAGUUUAAAAAAAUCUGUCAAACGUAUAGAUGGAUAA